CAUGUAGAAAUUUUGUGUCGGGUUUUUAAUGUUGUAAUGAACAUUUUUUGCGGCCUUGUUAAUUAAUAAAUAUCUGUGAACAAUAAAUAAGUUGAAUAAAACAAAACUGUGCUUAAAAUACAAUAUUACAAUUUAUAUCUGUACAUAAAAGGUAUUUUCGAAAUAUACAUAUUCCGUCGUCGCAUCGGGUAGAACGAGUAGCGAUUUGCGUACUUUUUCUAUAUUGACGAGCCAAAUGUAUUGGUCCGAGUGAAACAGCAGAUACAUUUGCUGAAGGACGUUUCGCAUUUUUUAUUUAUUCGGUGUUUUCAAGCGCUGGCGCUUGAAUGUUUCCUACAACAGUAGAUAUUUCAGUGGUUUUAACAGUUAGUUUUAGCAAAAUAUUUGCAAGAUACAAUUGCGCACAUUUGUUUUGCUUGGUUAUUUAUUUUGUUAACGACUGAAUCAAUUAUUAAUUACUUGUGUUAUUUUGGAAUAGUAGUUCUAAUUAUAUAUUAGAAGAAUACGCAAAAUCUUUAUAUUCUACUGUUCGACAUUACACAUUUUUGCCGCGCUUUUCUGCAAGUGGUGUUUCUAUUUAUGAAAAAUACGGUGCGGAAGCAUUAAAAUUCGUUAAACUGGAUAACAACAUGGGAAGUUCGGAUGACCGCGUUUACGCGGCGGAGCGGAUAAUACAAAAACGCGUUAGAAAGGGUGUUUUGGAAUACCGCGUAAAAUGGAAAGGUUGGAAUCAGCGAUAUAAUACUUGGGAACCAGAGGUUAAUAUACUUGAUCGUCGGCUUAUUGAAAUAUACGAACAAAGUAACCGUUCGUCUAACACACCAUCAAAACGAGGAGGAAAGCGUAAGGAAAAAACGCAUGAUCCUGAACCAGAAUCCGAGGAAGAUGAGUAUACUUUCACUGGCGAUGAUGUAGAUAUAAAUCAAGCAUCUACUUCAUCCGCUGCAUUAUCCAAUAACAAUCACCAUCAUCACCACCACCACCACCAUGACAAAGAAAAGGAUAAAGAUAAGAAACGUGAGCAUUCCCAUCACCAUCAUCAUCGCUCGCAUUCGCCAUAUACAGAUGGGCAGCGUGAUACUAACAGUGGUAAUAAGCGCCACACCUAUACCUCGACGUCAGCAUCAGUGUCGGCUGCUGUUGUUGCAGCAGCUGUUGCUUCGAAUUCCGCUUUAAAUUUCAUUCCUGAGGCUGAUUCUAAUUCAUCCAGUUCUGAAGAUCAACCUUUAAGUCGUAAAGAGGUCACUUCUAUGGGUACUAAACGUAAAGCUGAGGUACUAAAGGAAUCCGGUAAAAUAGGUGUCACUAUAAAAACCUCACCGGAUGGACCACCGCCACCUAAACAACAUUGUGGUAGUACCAGUUUAGACGCAGCUACUUCAAUAUCGACGCCGCUUAAGUCUGAAACUGAACCGCUAUCACCAGAAACACCAGCAUCACGCCCAGAACAAGCAACACCCGCAGAAAAGAACGCAGCAUUGCAUCAGCAUUACAAUGCCACAGCAGCGUCGAAUGCAGAUGAUGAUGAUUCAUCAUCACAAGCAGAUAGUCAAAUGGAUAACAAUCAUGCGGUAGCACAUAACAAGGGAACGGGGGAUGAUGGCGCUGCCUCACCCAAGCGUAACGGACAUGUUACUGAACAACAGCAGCGACAAAGUGCUUUGGCGCCCCUUUCGCCGAAGGCAUUGCCACCACGUUUCUGGUUGCCAAAUAAGUGUAAUAUCUCCGAUAAAGUGGUGAUCACAGAUGUUACCGUAAAUUUAGAGACUGUCACCAUAAGAGAAUGCAAAACAGAACGUGGUUUCUUUAGAGAACGUGAACUAAAGUCUAGUGCCAUGAAAACAGAAUCGGAUUCUGCUGCAUAAAAGUCCAUCGCGAAAUUGACAAAUUAAAAAAUCGAAAAAAGGAAGAAAAAUUGUAAAUAUGUUGAAUUAUAUAAGUUUUUGGUUUUUUUUCUUGGAGUGAGAGUGAAUUUGCGUACUGCGUUUGGUUUUAAUAACCUACAAAUAUUUAUAUUUAUUAAGAAAAGUACUACUUCAUAGUAUGUAUUGUUUACAUAACAAAUAAAUUAAUAUUAUAUCGUUGGUAUUAAUAUCUCAUUAUUAUUUUUUAUAUUUAGUCAAAAGCGUU